AUGACCCUGUACCACGGUCCGCUCCCGAGACAAUCGCUGGCGACAACUGCUUCGGCUUUGCUGCGAGUUUCCCGCGAUAACACCGGGCCCUACCUAUCUAUUCGACCGCAUCGCCGCCGUCUUGCUGCCCCAUCGACUGGCCAGUCUUCGAAACACUCAAUAGGGACUUACGGCAUAGAGUAUCUUACACUUACGACACAGAUGCGAGCGCGCAAUGGCCGAUUCCGUUGCUCGCUUCCGACCACAGACCGCGUAUUCGUGCAUGCGCUCAACACAGUCAAAAAGAUCCCCAAGACGGGCGCAUCGCGGCCGCCGCCCAGCGACCGCCUCCGGCUCUAUGGGCUCUACAAGCAGGCGAUGGAGGGGGACGUCGACGGGGUCAUGGAGCGGCCGCGGUCGGGCCCCGGCGUCGACGCCGACGAGCUGCAGAGGGAGAAGGACAAGUGGGAUGCGUGGAAUACACAGAGCGGGCUCAGCCGAACCGAGGCUAAGAGGCGGUACAUCGAGGCGCUCAUCGAGACUAUGCAUCGCUAUGCUACUACGCCAGACGCGAAUGAGUUAGUCGCUGAGCUCGAGUUCGUGUGGAAUCAGAUCAAGAACAACAGCCCCUCGUCUUCGAACUCGUCCCCGAAAGAUCGCGCAUCCUUCCCCGAAACCCGGCGCUUCCAACAGCCCACGAGCGGCACCGAAGGGCCCCUGAAGGUCCUGAGCCCGAUGAGCGAGGACGACACGGCAGCGCAAAACUACCGCGAGAGACGAGAAGAAGACGACGACGACGACGACGAGGGCGCGUACGUGAAGAAGGGCGACAAGUGGUCGCGCAAGGUGGAGCGCGGAGUCAUCAGACUGUCGGCCGAGAUCGCGGCGCUGCGCGAACAGAUCACGACGGGCCGCGAGUGGAAGGUCAAGAAGGAGAGGAGCUACCCGGCGUGGAUCGGGUGGCUCGCUUGGCUCAUCACGAAGCACCUGGCUGUCGACUUGGUCAUCGUUGGUAUAGUCCUGCUCUGGAUGCGGAGGCGCAAAGAUCGGCGGCUUGGGGAUCAGGUCAGGGCGAUGCUCAGGCUGGGCCGGGAAUAUGCGCGAAAGAUCCUCCCGUCGAGAUGA